AUGAAAGCGGCGUUUGAUUUGACCACCCAGCUCGCGUUUUAUAAGAGCUAUCAUAGCAACGACACCAAUGUAAAAAUCCACGCCGUAUUCGUUCCGUUGAUUUUGUACUCGUCUAUGGCAAUUUUACAUAGAGUAGAGCUGUGCAUGGGCUGGACUUUGACGCAUCUGCUGGCGGUUGUUUUCGCAGGCUACUAUUUAGCGCUAGACUUGAAAGCGGGCGCUUUGGCUGCUACCAUCCUGACAGUGACGGUGAAGGGCAUAGACUCGGGGGUCUUAGACAUUCCGGUAAGUUGGGCAAUGGUCACUUUCACAACCGGAUGGGUUGCGCAGUUUUUGGGCCACGGAGUAUUCGAGCAUCGGAGACCUGCAUUAUUGGACAAUUUGGUGCAAAGUUUAGUAACGGCUCCUUUUCUGAUCUUAUUCGAGCUUCUGUUCGCGCUGGGAUUUUACAAAUCGCUACAUUUGGAGCUUUUGCAGCGAGUUAAACGGGAAAAUGCAAAAACGGGUCGUUGA